GCUUUGUCCGGUUUUGUUCUCCCUAUCCCUUUCCGGCAGUCUACCUCUGAGAAGCUUGAAAGGAAAAAUGUACGGAGGCUCCUCGAAAGUCGGCCGCGGGGGUGGCCGUGGCGGCGGAGGGGGCAUGGGCGGAGCUAAGCGGACGUCUUUCCCUCCGCCGCCUGCCCAACGCCCUCUCUCCGCUGGACGCCUUUCCCUUGGGGGCUCGUCUUCCAAUCUCCACAGUCGUAAUCCCUCUGCAGGGGGUCCAACCACCUCCGCCCCAGCGGUUGAAGAGACAUUCAGCCUCGUACCAGGUAACAAACCUCCCGCUUUCGCCAUGAUCAUCAGGCUCGUGCCUGACCUAGUGGAUGAGAUCAGGCGUGUCGAGGCGCAGGGAGGUGCUGCCAGAAUAAAGUUCGACGGCGUCAAUAAUCCUAGUGGAAACGUUAUUGAUGUAGGUGGUAAACAGUUUAGGUUUACAUGGUCACGUGAAGUUGGUGAUCUGUGUGAUAUAUACGAAGAGCGUCGAAGUGGUGAAGAUGGGAAUGGUUUGCUCGUUGAAUCUGGAUGUGCAUGGCGCAAGCUCUCUGUACGGCGUGUCUUAGAUGAGUCUACUACAAACCAAUUGAAGAUGAGGUCGGAGGAAGCUGAGCGGAAACAGAAAUCACGCAAAGCCAUAGUGUUAGAUCAUGGGAACCCCUCUAUGAAGAGUCAAAUGAAGCAAUUAGCUGCUGUCGAGGCUAACCCGUGGAGGAUGCCCUUCAAGCAAAAGAAAGAGGCACCUUUCAAGAAGCGGAAAGUAGAACCGUCUCAAGUUUUACUUGCACCAGUACCAGUUGCGGGUCCCUCUAAAUCUAGCUAUAAAUCUGGAUUGGCUUCUACUACUGCAAAGGUUAGGCGCUCAGCUUCACCACUAUCAGUCCCACUUGAUGAGCAAUAUGGUGUUCCAGCCUCUCCAUUUGGAAGUGGAAAUAUUUCAAGGAGUCGUGUGGUUGUUGAAGAUCUAACACCCAUCCCAACAAAGACUAAAGAGAAUGUUGCCAGCUCCGACAAGGAAGACCCUGCCAAGGCCAGUAAUGCAGUCAAGGAGACACCAGAGCGCAAAGGAAACCUUGAUUUGCAGAGUAUGUUGAUUACUCUGCUGACAGAGAAUCCAAAAGGGAUGAGCUUUAAGGCAUUGGAGAAAGCUGUCGGAGAUAAAACUCACAAUGCUGGUAGGAAGAUUGAUCCUAUUAUAAAGAAAAUUGCAACUUUACAAGCUCCGGGAAGAUAUUUUUUGAAACCAGGAAUGGAGUGGGAAAGCUUCAAGAAACCGUCAUCCGAAAGUGGAAGUUCUCCUGAAGACAACCAUCAGCAACCAGUGGCUCCUUUAGACAAUCAUGAUGAAGCUCCUGAUCAGAGAUCUGCUCCAGAGGCAGGCCUUGCGGAGAAAGUCCCUGGUUGUGAUUUAGAGGAACUGACCCAGUCCGACUCUAAACUCCAAGAAGAGUCAAAUGCAUUAGGAAGUAUCGAAAUCGAACGGACUUCACCUGAUAUGCAUGGUGAGAAAAAGGUCUCUUACAGUAGUGAGGAGCAGGCAGGCAGCUCUAGUGAUAGUGGAAGCGAUACUGACAGUGAUAGUGAAAGCAGUGAUAGUGGAAGUGACAGUGGUAGCCACAGUAGGAGCCGAAGUCCAGCCAGAAGUGGGAGUGGGAGUAGCAGUGACAGUGAUGGUGAUGGUGAUUCUUCUUCCAACAGCAAGGAGGGUUCUGAUGAGGUUGUUGACAUAAUGUUGAGUGAUGAUGAGCCCAAGAAUAAGCCACAAAUAACUGAUCCUUGGAAAACCAAUAAUGGCAGGCCUGUGCAAAGUGGAGUGGCUGGGCAUCAAGAUGUUGAUGGUUUGGAUGCCAUUGAUAAUGAAGGUCACACAUCUUACAUGACUUAUAUUGACAGGCAAGGACUAGAUGCAGUUGAGAUAGAUGGCCAUGGAUCUGAUGCAGUUAAUGUUGAGGGUCCUGGAUCUGAUGCUGUUGACAAUGAGCAAGAAUUUGCUGAUGAUGAACAGGAAAGUGUAAUGGGUAAAAGUGCUCGUAUAGUUCCCACCAGAGAGGUUGAAAUAAUUGGGGAAGGAACAAAAUCCUUGUCACCAUAUAACUCUGAGCCCCUAGAACACCAUACACUUAUAGGAAGUUUGUUUGAUGACAAGGAAGAGACUUUGAGGGACAAUCUCAAGCAUGAGCAAUCUGACAGCACUGAGCGGAAAAGUAAACACAAAAGGGGCCCUGAUUUGAAGCACUUUUAUGACAAAGCUGGACAAAGUAAAAGACCGAAGUCUGAAAGCUUCUCUCAGACGCCGGUUUCUGGGGUUAGGGAGGUGCAAGUCUCUGAGAGUCCUCGUAGAUUGCCCCCUAAUAGUGUUAAUGAAGCUCCCUAUCAUUGUCCCACCGCUCAAAUGGGUUUUAGAGCUGACAAGGAACAGAAUAGGAAUUAUGACUUGCAAAAGGGGAACAACCAGGUGUUUCCUGGAAGAUUUAACUCAGACCUUCAUCACUUAGGUCAGAAGUAUCAUGAUCAAAGUGUACCUCUCAAAGCUUCUGAUGCAGCAGCGUUGCCAUGUAAAACUUCUAGACAUAUUCAAAAUGAGGAUGUUUCCGUGAAGGAGAAAAAAAUUCCGAAGAAUCGGAAAGAAGGCAGUGCUGGAGACAGAAAUUCAACUCCUCUUGACUCCAAUUACUGGGAACGUGAUGAAAUGGUUGGAGAGUUCAAGGAGGCUGCACAGGUUUCAAACUCUCAGGAUGGCAGUGGUACAGCUUUUGAAAGAUACCCAGUUUCUAAUGGAAGAGGUAGUAAACUCCAAAGAGAGCCUUCAGAAUUGGAGGCAGGGGAACUUCGCGAGCCAUUACUUGAGGAAGGAGUGGUUAAGAGGCAAUUUGAAAGAAAAGGUUCCUUUAAACAGUCAGAGAGCAGGCCAAGCACUUCAGAUAACAGUAAUUAUAAUUUAAGUAAGGGCAAGCAUGCGGGAAGGAUAACUUUGGAUACAAGAAAGCCAUCUCCUCCCAAUCUAACUGCUGAGCUUAAUAAAGGGUCGGAAUAUCAUAUUGAAGAGCCGUCUAGAUCCCAUGAAAGGAUGGUGAGCACUCAGACACGACACCAUUCAAGAUCUGAUAAUGUAGAACUUGCACCGCAGUUUAGCAUGUUUCCAGAUUCAAGUGCUAAAUCCAGGCAGAAUGAAGCUGGAAAAUUGGGAAAUGGUCUGGAAGGUUAUGGAGAGAGCUAUAAGAAAGUGUCCAUCAGUUCACUGCAACAUGAGUCUAAAGGUGGGAGAGGUCCCAAACCCGCAAAGGAAAGUACGGUCCAAAAAUCUAGUGUGGUUUCAGACUUGAUUGAUUCCCAUAAAGAUACUAUACGAGCUGAGGAUAAUAGAAAUGGACAAAAAAGGAGGGGAACUUCUUUUGAUGAAGACAGUUCUUAUUUGAAGUAUGAAAAGGAUGAGCCAGAGCUCAAGGGACCUGUCAAAGAUUUUGCUCAUUAUAAAGAGUACAUCCAGGAGUACCGUGAUAAAUAUGAUAGUUACUGCUCCUUGAACAGUAUCCUUGAGAGCUACAGGAUUGAGUUUUGUAAAAUGGGAAAGGAUCUGGAAUCGGAAAAAGGCAGAGAUAUUGAGAGAUACCAUAAGAUCUUGGAGCAGUUGAUAGAAUCUUAUCGUGAAUGUGAAUCGAGACAUAAACGCCUGAAAAAGAUAUUUAUUGUGCUUCAUGAAGAACUGAAGAAUCUCAAGCAAAGGAUUAAAGACUAUGCCCUCUCGUACUCAAAAGAUUGAUGACUGAAGUAGCACAACUGCACAAGUAGGCGAAAUUGAAGCCUCUUUCAUCAAAGUCGGAAGUUGUACGUGAGAUACUUCCAGUUCCGGAAAAGCAUGCACUUCUAUAGUGAUGAUACAAUUUUUGGGAAGAUCGGAUGGGAGCUCGUUUAAUUGGUGUGUGUUUUUAAUAAUGGUAAAAAAUGAUGAUGUCCCCUGGUUUAGGACAUUAUGUAACAAUGAUGUCACGUUUAUAUGGGUGGCGGGGACCUGCUGUAUUUUUAUUACAACAGGUCCCGCUGUAAUAUAUUUUUAAGUUAGCAAAAAUUUUUAGUUUUAUUUUUAAAAAUAA